AUGUGUAUUACAUGGACUCGGAAGUACACGCUAUGUGGCUGCAUCUUGGUCGAAGAAGAUAUUCUCUGUGAAGCGGACCAAAUAUGCUUCGGCCGACGGAUGGUUAUCAUCCACUCACAUCUACAGACGUGCAAGGAAUGCUGGAAGAGUGGAGACAAGAGAGUUAACGAGACUGUUGCCAAGGUGUUCAUCUAUGCCGAGACAAAAAACCAACAGGAACGCAAAGGAGAUUCUAGCCAAGACAACGGGGUUAAUGAUGAGACUCCAUCAUGCAACAGUGAGCGAGAGAAUACACACGAUCUCGCCUCUAGCGUCAUCGGACACUCCAGGGAAACAUACAAAGAAGAAAGCAGCGACAAAAAAGAAGCACCUGAGAUAUCUAUAAUAUGCGCUUGCAAAGUAGCCCCAAUACAUCCAAGCCAACCCUACAAUGAAGACGAAGAAGGCCAAGUGCCAGAUAUGGAAGACUGCACUGAAGGUGACAUUAGACUCACAAAUCCAUCCCGGCCACAAACACCCAUGAUCGAUUACGAUCUAGACCCGGACAAUCUUCCCUGGUAUCUUCUGCAUUAUGAAUACUACUGUGAGACAUCCAGGACUUGCGACCCAGUGAAGCUUUCGUCUAUGUGGAAAGAUUAUCGGACGACGCGGGAGAAGAGUAACUGGGUUUAUCUCGAACCUGAGAUAUCGAAUGGGGAGUAUGAAUGUGAUGGCGGAUAUUACGAGGAUCGCGAAGAUAGAUCACCCUGGUGGUGGUGGAAAAGGGAUAGUGAUUAUUAG